CCAAUGCGGAAGUAUCGAAACAAAACACACUGAGGUUGUUCCACAAGAGCCGAGAAGAUGUCUCAUGUGGUAAAGAAACGAAAAUUGGAUAAAACCCGACAGGACAGACUUUACUUUGACAGCUAUACCGAUGUGACUAUCCACGAGGAAAUGAUUGCGGACCACGUCCGGACUAACACGUACCGAAUGGCGAUACUAAACAACAGUGAGUCCAUACGGGGGAAAGUUGUGCUGGACGUGGGUGCAGGAACCGGCGUUUUAAGCAUGUUCUGUGUUCAGGCCGGGGCUAAGAAAGUCUACGCCGUUGAAGCUUGCUCUAUCGCCGAGCAGGCUGUGAACAUAGUGAAACAGAACAACAUGGAGGACCAAAUUGAAGUGAUUCGAGGCACAGUGGAGACGGUAGACCUACCGGAGAAGGUGGAGGUGAUAGUGAGCGAGUGGAUGGGUUAUGCGCUCCUGCACGAGUCCAUGCUAAACUCGGUCCUUUACGCACGCGACAAGUGGCUCAAGCCGGGCGGCAUCAUCCUGCCCCACAAAGCUGAGCUCUACAUCGCCCCCAUCAGUGACCCGGUGGUGGAGGACCGCUUACAUUUCUGGUACACCGUCAAAGACCAGUACGGUGUCGACAUGUCCUGCAUGUCCGACUUUGCUAGGGGGUGCAUCAUGAACUCGGACAUCACUGUGAACUCGGUGCACGGGGAGGACGUGCUCUCCCACCCGGCCCGCUUCGCAGAGCUCGAUUUACACACGGUGACCGUGGAGGCGCUGCGGUCCGUUAAGGGGAAGUUUAAGUGUGAGUCUUUCGGAUCGGCUGCAGUGAACGCUUUCUGUGUCUUCUUCACGGUCACUUUCCCAUGCCCGGACAAGCCACAGACGCUGGUGCUCUCCACAUCCCCGUUCAAGCCGGAGACUCACUGGAAGCAGGCGGUGCUGUACCUGGAUGCCCCGGUGGAUGUGGUGCAGGACACGGUGGUCACUGGGGAGAUAAGCAUGUUCCCCUCAGAGGAAAGCGCCAGACAUAUAUGCAUCCACGUGGACUACACCAUAGGAGAGCAGAAAAGACAGUCAAAGACUUUCUCCAUCCCUGACUGGAGCAGUGAAGCUCAGUCAUAGGGCAGCAUCAACAUCCAGUGAUACAGUUCAAUCACCAGGCAACACACUCCAAAGUCCUGUAUUAAUAUAUGUCACUAAGAUUCCCAAACCUGCUCACUGUGAGUUAUUGAAGAAGUGAAUCAAUGUUGACCAGUGAGGUGAAUCAACAUAAUGUAAUGUAACACUAACCUGUGAUGUGUGGGUUAAUCAUGUGGUCUGUAAAAGGUCUUUAUAAUAAAACUAAUAAGGAAAGAAAUCCAAACCCGAACAUUGUUGAUUUACUUUCCCAAUCACUAUACAUGUUAAUACACAUCAAUCAAAAACCAGUGUUCAGGUAUUAUUGUCAGUGUGGAAAAAACAUUCCAAACAAUAUUUGAGUAACACCAAAUACUUCUGACAAAUGAAUAGUUCAAAUUAGGUGUGUGUGUAGCUCUGUAAAUCCGAGUGAGGCAGGCAGGUUUUACAAAUUGUUGAAUAAAUGCAAUGCCAUGCUGCAGACAUCUGAUAUUCUAUUAAAUUUAGUCAUGCAUAUUGUGGGGAAUCUGAUCAAAAUGCUGCAUUCAAAUGAGGUUUAAACAGAUAUAUUGACUUGGAGCAGCUGCAGGCAGACAGGAGGUGUUUCAAAUUGGGCGGUAUUCAGUUUUUAAUAACAAACUAAUGUGGCUCAUUGUUUAAGUUUCAAAAGUUGCACACACUGUCAUGUGUUGCCACAAACCACUGACUUUAUCCACAGCUGCAUCCUGCAGAAGACCUUUACAGGACACGUACAACCAAGUGUUUCGUUUAAUGACAUGCAUGACUUUGCUGUAUCCAAAUGAGAGGUGACGGUGUUUUUAUCAGAAACAAUCAAGGAUAAGCCUUUUUAAUGAUAGUUGGAUGUCCACCUUUUUAAUAAUAUGUCUCAAGUCCCUGAUCAGUCAAUGAUUCACUGAAGGAUUUUGAGUGUGAUUAGAGUUUGGUGUUUCACAGAGAAUUGUUUACCAGCGACAUUCAUUAUUGAACAACUGGGAACUAGACUAAUAAAUGGUUUGACUGUUA